AGCGCCGGCUUCUCGGCAGUGGCUCUAGAGGAAGCUCGGCGGCUGUGGCCGCUGUAAGCAGGCCGGGCGUCUGCUGGCUGACGGGCUUUCCCGUAAAGCUGGCGAAGGCGGGGCCGCAGUCCGAACUGCCGCAGUAUCUGGACCCACGGCGGGGCAGGUGCCGGUAGCGAGGGACGUAGCUGCAUUCAGAUCUCAUUAUGCAUCAGAAAAAUGAAAAAACAGAGGAAAAUUCUAUGGAGGAAAGGAAUCCACUUAGCCUUUUCUGAGAAAUGGAAUACUGGGUUUGGAGGCUUUAAGAAGUUCUACUUUCACCAACAGUUGUGCAUUCUGAAAGCCAAGUUGGGAAGGCCAGUUACUUGGAGCAGGCAUUUAAGGCAUUUCCAGUGCAGAAAGAAGGCCCUUCAAUUCCAGAAAACGUGGAUCCAGGAUGAACCCCUUUUUGCUAAGGCAAAGUCCAAUGUGGCUGUUCAGAAUCUUAGUAGUUUGUCCUCUAAAGUGAAAGGAAAGGACACUAAACACUUCAUUUCCUCCUCAAGGACCUUCCUGAAACUCCAAGCAGAGAAGUUGCUAUCAUCAGCAAAGAACUCUGAUCAUGAAUACUCUGGAGAGAAAAGUCUCUUGAAGGCAGCCACUGACAUACCAGCAAAUAGUGUUUUAAGUCAGGCCAGUGGUCACAGACCUAGGACGGAGCCACAAGCUUCUGAUCCUCCUAUGAAGUUCAAUGGGGAGAGCCAGAGUCCAGGUGAGAGUGGCACAAUUGUGGUCACCUUGAGCAACCAUAAGAGAAAGCGCUUUUGUUAUGGCUGCUGCCGAGGGCUGGAGCACCACAGGAAUGGGGGACCCCUGAUUCCAAGAAAGUUCCAACUUAAUCAACAUAGAAGAAUAAAAGUAUCUCCUCAUAUGAUGUAUGAGAAAUUAUCCAUGAUUAGAUUUCGGUACAGGAUUCUCAGAUCCCAGCACUUCAGAACAAAAAGCAAAGUUUGCAAGCUAAAAAAAGCCCAGCGAAGCUGGGUGCAGGUCACUGGGGACCAUCAAGAGACCCUUAGGGAGAACAGUGAGGGUGGCAGUUGCAGCUUAUUCCCUUCCCCAGAACCUAAAGACCCUUCUUGUCGGCAUCAACCAUACCUUCCAGAUAUGGACAGCAAUGCUGUGGUGAAGGGAAAGAACUCUCAUGUGCCUGAUGGCCACACUAAAGGAAGCCCUGUCUUGGGCAAGGAGCUUAGUUUAGAUGAAGCAUUCCCUGACCAACAGAAUGGCAGUGGCACAUACAUCUGGGACCAGUCACCCUGUUCCUCUCCUAAGUGGGAGUGUACAGAGCUGAUUCAUGACAUCCCCUUACCAGAACAUCAUUCUAAUAACAUGUUUAUCUCGGAAACCGAGGGAGAAGUUAUGGCUCUGGGUCAGGAAAAUCAGACAAGUACUGUCAAUGAUGACAGAGUAAAACUGUCAGUGUCUGGGGCAGAUCAAUCUGUGAGUAGUGUAGAUGGGCCUGUGUCCGAAGAGACUGUUCAGAAUGAGAGUUCAUGCCAGAUGGAUGAGGAUGGAUCUUUCAAGCAGAACAUUCUUAGUUCUAAGUUGCUGGACCACCCUUACUGUAAAAGUCCACUGGAGGCUCCUCUGACGUGCAGUGGACUCAAACUAGAAAAUCAAGUGGGAGGUGGGAAGAACAGUCAAAAAGCCUCUCCAGUGGAUGAUGAACAGCUGUCAAUCUGCCUUUCUGGAUUCCUAGAUGAGGUUAUGAAGAAGUAUGGCAGUUUGGUCCCACUCAGUGAAAAAGAUGUCCUUGGAAGAUUAAAAGAUGUCUUUAAUGAAGACUUUUCUAAUAGAAAACCUUUUAUCAAUAGGGAGAUAACAAACUAUCGGGCCAGACAUCAAAAAUGCAACUUCCGCAUCUUCUACAAUAAGCACAUGCUGGAUAUGGAUGAUCUGGCAACCCUGGAUGGUCAGAAUUGGCUGAAUGACCAGGUCAUUAAUAUGUACGGUGAGCUGAUAAUGGAUGCAGUCCCAGACAAAGUUCACUUCUUCAACAGCUUUUUUCAUAGACAGCUGGUAACCAAAGGAUAUAAUGGAGUAAAAAGAUGGACUAAAAAGGUGGAUUUGUUUAAAAAGAGUCUUCUGUUGAUUCCUAUUCACCUGGAAGUCCACUGGUCUCUCAUUACUGUGACACUCUCUAAUCGAAUUAUUUCAUUUUAUGAUUCCCAAGGCAUUCAUUUUAAGUUUUGUGUAGAGAAUAUAAGAAAGUAUUUGCUGACUGAAGCCAGAGAAAAAAAUAGACCUGAAUUUCUUCAGGGUUGGCAGACUGCUGUUACCAAGUGUAUUCCACAACAGAAAAAUGACAGUGACUGUGGAGUAUUUGUGCUCCAGUACUGCAAGUGCCUCGCCUUAGAGCAGCCUUUCCAGUUUUCCCAAGAAGACAUGCCCCGAGUGCGGAAGAGGAUUUACAAGGAGCUGUGUGAGUGCCGGCUCAUGGACUGAAACUCAGCAGGGACUCUGGGAAGUCUGACCAAGUUGGAGCAGAUGGUUUGUUACUUGAAUCUCCAAACACUUAUUUGAAUUUUUACAGAUAUUUCAGAUCAGUGGUGUUUGGCCACUGUUGUUACCUCAAAUUUAUUUUCUGCCCUUACUCAUUUCCCUAGUUACUAUGUACUAUUUUUUAAUGUUCAGUUUGGUUUCAUUUUUAAUUUUAUGGAUUCUGUGUGUGUGUGUCCCCCCCCAUAUUUAAUAUUUAUUAUCCAAACGCAUGCAUAUAGACAGAGCAUGCAGUGCAGAGUAUUAAAAAAAAAAAAAAAAAGCCUAGUAGAUUUGGUGCAGCUUUUGAAACUUAGUUAGAUGUGAACUGAAUACAGGUUUAAAUUUUAAUUCCAGAACCUAAAAAUGCAGGAUGUUUUUGAUACAGCGUAACUCUGAGAAUAGUAGAUGUUCCCUGGGGCAUAAAGGGUAGCUAGAAGGGGUUUCAGACAAAGCCAGUCCUGUUUUAUUUUUACCAGCAGCACCUUUCACUGACUUCCCUCUCCAAGUGAGUCACAUUCUUUUUGAAGGGUGAAAAGGAAGUGGCCAUAAACUGACUGGUAUGUUCUAUUUACGGAGGCACACUUGUAAGCACAGUGCCUGCUUUGGGAAGAGUUGAUUAAGGUAUGAGAAAAAGACAGCGACCUUGAGGGUCCAUUUAUCUUCACACAUGAGAGAUUUCAAUCUUGGUUUUAAGAAGCAUUUAUAAUAAAUGCUUUAAUCUUACAAAGGCUUUUGCUGGAACACUGAUUCCCUGGAUUUUUCUGGUUUUGACCCAUUAAAAAAUUAGUAUCUGUCAAAACUAGUGGUCAAACAAAUGAGAAUUCAGCCUUUCUAACAGCAGUUGUUUCCCAUAUGGAAGAAAUUCAGAUUUGCCAAAUACCUUUCUAUUUCAAGGGUAUUUAAAAUAUAAACAUUCAAAACCGAAGACUGACUUCAGGUAUUUUGCAUGUGGGUGGAGAGGAGAGAACAGGAAAGGUAUUAAGGGAGACAUGAAACUGGGGGAGUACAGCAAAUGUUAUGAGUUUUUUCCCUCUUAUUUCUCUAGUGAUCUCAACAGCAUGCAGGGCUCAUCUGCCUCUGCUUGACCAACCCUGAGACUCUAGCACAGGAGUCCUUUUUUUUGCUUCCAUGAACUUCAUCUUCUGGGGGAAGGCAGAAGUGGCCCUGUCCUGAUUUAUUACCCUUGGCUGCAUUAGGAUUAAAGUAAUGGAUCUUGCAUCUUUAAUCUAACAAAGUUUUGUGAUAUUGGAAACGAAAGGAAAUAGGGAAAGAUGCAUGUUAAACUACAUCUUUUCUGAACUGGGGGAGGAAAAACAACAAACGUGUAUACAAGAAAUUCAGAAGCUUGUACAGAAAAAUACCAAGUAAAUGGCAGAAGAUGCUUUGGUUUAUGCCUUGUUAGGUGUGAGGUGUUGAAAAUAAAAAGCUAAAAUGUGCAGUUUAACUUGGCCAUAAGGUAGGGCUGACUGCCAGCAGUUGAGGGUGGAGUCAGAACAUGUUUACAUGCAGGGUUCCCAUCCCCAGACAUUCCAAGCACCAACACCAAUGUUUACAUUGUAAACAGCCCCAGCACUUUCCUAGUCCCUCAGACUCAAACUCCUUAGUAUAAUAUAAAACCAGGUCAGUAUUUCUUAUUGUGCUUCAAGUCAUUAAAAAGACUGAUAUUAGAGGCACUUUGUGCUGCUACAGGUAGGGUUGUAUCAGCAUUAGGAAAGGUGACAAAAUGGGUUGGGUGUCUUCUUGAGGUUUUCAGGCAUAAUUAUACAAACAUGAGAUUUUUCAAACCUGUAUGUGAGACAUUUGCCUUUUUUUGUGUGUGUGUGUAAUGGGUAACUAGACUAUUGAUUAAAAAUGUCUUAUACUUUAGAGCUCCGUAUCUCAUAUCUCACUCUCUGACAGAAGGAGGCAUACAGAAGAGACAGAAUUGUGUUCUGGCCAAAAUCUUAAUGCCCAAAGUUUCAGUUGCCAUUUCCUCCACUCUGAGAAAUGGUCAUGCUCUUAACAGGGAGGCAGAGAGAACCUAAGGUGAGCUGUCCCAAGUCCAGGGUGCCUUUCAUGUCCAGUUUAGUAGGGCACCUUGAGGUACAUCGUCCAGCAUGCUUUAGCUUAAAUGUCAGAUAUUUUAAGUCUGGUUAAAAUGUUUCUCUGUUGUUCACGAAACUUGCUUCAGCACACAUAGUUGCUUCCCCCCAUCUUGAGAUUAGGUGCAAACCUCUAUUUAGCCCAAGCCCUAAGUUUAGAAUGGCCUUUAUCCUGAUGUUUGCAAUAAUGGCUUCCUUGCAACAGAAAUUUUGGAAAUACAGUCUGGGCUGUUGGUAGAAGAGACAGGCAUUGUUUUACUCUCACUAGCUUGGCACUGAGUUGUUUGGGUGCCCUCAAGGUGGGCAGACCUUAUGCUUUUGGGGUUGAGGGCAGGCCUUAUCAAACUAAAAGCUGCUUAUGAUGUGCCUUCAACAAGCUGCUCAGUCCUCUCCAUCAGCAAAUUUACCAGUCUGUAGUUGCUUUUAUCCUUUUGUUAAAUCUAUAGCAAUGAAUGUAGAUUUAGUUCAACUUUUAGUUCUACUCAAGAAUCAUAGAGAACCAACCUUCUCUUAAGGAAGGGAUGCACUUAAGGAAGGGAGAAGCAGCAGUUGCUGCCAGUAAUCCCCAAAUCAUUUGUUUUGGCUUUGCAUUUUGUUUUCUACUUAUCAUUGAAUAUGAUUAACAUUGGUCACCUUGAAUUCAUAGUUGGAACAAAAUAACAGACCUAACUGGGACACAGCCAGCACUAGCCUAAGUUGAGCUGCCCCUUUUCUUUGCAGUUGUGGUAUACUACUUCCCUGGGUUAGAAGGAAUAAUUGGGAGCUCUGGGUGAAUCAGACUCUUCAGGCGAGAACCAGUGUGUUAAUAGCGUGAAUUAGAUAUCCUGAUUACCUGCUCUGCUUAAUUGUUAUGCAACUGAACUAAUCAGCAGGUGUAAAGCACAUACUUUGUUAUGUGCUAGGCUCUGCCUCCUGGCCUGUAGAUAAUUAAGAAGACCUAGGGAAUGCCAUCAGAAGUGCUAAUUGUAUUUGGGUGUUAACAAAAGCAAAUCUAGACAAGCUGUCCACUUAAAUGGUACCUUUUGGUUAGAAAAAAAUUAUUUAAAGAUUGUGAUCAUGUAAAAAUCACUCAAACCUUCUAGCAAAAAUAUUUUUUUGAAAAAUAAACUAAAUGCCUUUA